AUGUGGAAUGCUGUUAUUAACACACAUGAAGCCACGAUUAAAUAUUUAAACUCAGAAAUUGUAGGGCUUUACCCCGAAGGGAGCCCUUCCAGAAAUUCUCGAAGGCCCAAGACAAGCUUAGGCCCAGGAGGGGGUUUGGAAAUAGUUUUCAACCAGCAAUAGACGCGCCUCGGUUAGUACCUCAUUAGCUGCGUCAUUGCCCCAAGCGCAAAGAUGAUUUUCAAGAGAGCACGCGAGACUUUAUUUAUAGCGCAAGUUUAUGAGCUUCAGCAUGUCUACAACCGAUGUGGGACAAAUACACGCACCACCUUAGAUAUACAACAAGCUUUGUACGUCUUGGGCCUCUUAAAUUGAGCCCAGCCUUCUUUUUUUUCUGUUUCGUUGUUAAUAAUAUUCGAACUCGUUUUUGCUACUUGUUCACUCUUACAGUUGUUUUCAUUAUCUUUUUCCAUAAACAUUUUCUACAGUUAUUCUUAAUUCUAACUGGAAAUAUACAUCAUUACAUAGUAGAGUUCUUAUGAAAUCGACAUUCUUGUCUAUGUAUUUAAAUAAAAUAUCUUGUACAAACUUUUGGAAGGAGCGUGAUAGUCUCCAUCGAUCCUAGUUCAGAUCGACAGAUUCCAUCUUCCUCCUAAUAGAUUAUAUGAUCAGAAACAGCAACAAAACCUCCACAAGCAAAAAAAUACAAAGUUGGAAUCAGCUCUUUAGCUAUAAUAUGCAGGCGCGACAUCACGUUUGUGAAACUCUAAUUGCUGACUCCAUUGUCGACCGGCUCUUUCAUUGUGUUUUAUAUCUCUCGUCCUCACUCCUCUGGAAUUAGCUGGCUAGAUAGGUUUCUGAGCUGAUUCUUAACUAGAGUAGAUUCUGAGUUUUAAAGAGCGUUUGUAAUAGAAAAGCAAAUAAAAAAAUAAAAUGAUACUGAUGAUGAUAUUUAUUUUUGAUAAUAUAUAAGUUUAAGACUGAUGAUGGUAGGGACCGCGCGAACGCAGGCCCCCUUUUGCCACAAAUAAUGACGUAGGCUCUUUCUCAUGGAAAGACCUUAAGCUAAGCACCCCUCCGUACAGUGCAAUGGAGGUCAGUAGCCUAGGCCACUCGUCUUCUUGAUCACGAGUUGACCCCGUCCAGGUAAGUAUUUUACUCGUUGCGCCAAGGUCUCCUCUUAUACUCUGUUUCCCGAAUCAACUUAUUGCGACGUAACCGAUGUGGGAUGUUAUUGUUAACACACAUCAUGCUGUUUGAAGUUCCUGUUAUAGAACAACGUGCUGGUCUUACAGCAACUUGAACGGGGCUUUUGAGUAAUAGACAUGGGCUAACAACUAUAGUCCCGCUCGCUUACAGAUAUGUUCCACAUUAUAGACUGAAUAAGAAAUAUAUUCUCUGUUUAAAGCUUUUGUAAAAAUUGUAUAUAAACAAUUGACCAGAGAAAAAGCAAAGCUAUCUGAACUUCAUAAAUCUUAAUGUUUACAGACUUGCCAAUCAACCUAAGAAAACCAAAACCAAAGUAUUUGUAAGAUUAGUUUUAAAGACACUGCAAUUUUGUCGACAAAGCCAUCUCGUUUCUCUUUUCUUUCAAUUUGUUUGCUAUAACCAUUUCUAUUUACACCGCUUCGACUAAGUGCUCUCAUAGUAAAUAUCUAAUUUACUUGUUCUUGGAUAAAGACAACUGCAAUUAACUGAAUAGAGACAAGGCCGAACAAGAGUGAGUCUUAAGAUACAAUCAGAGUGAACUUAACGUGCACAAGAAGACGCAGAUUAAUAAGCAUUAUGUACACAUCACGCUAGAUACAUUUAAUACAUUAUAUAAUUGUUUUUUUUUGUUUCUGGGAAAAUGGGUUAA